AUGGGGUGGCCCUGGGAGGGGGGGGGGACCCGUCCCCGGGGGGAGCGGGAGGGCGCGGGGGGAGCGCGGCUGCCCCGGGGCGCUCGGGGACCCGUGGUGUCCCCGCAGAUGCGGCGGGCGCUGGGCGCGCUGGCGCUGUGCGCGCUGCUCUGCCUGGCGGGCGCCUACCCGCCCAAGCCGCAGAGCCCCGGCGAGGACGCRUCCCCCGAGGAGAUGGCCAAGUACUUCUCGGCCCUGCGCCACUACAUCAACCUGGUGACGCGGCAGCGGUACGGCAAACGCGGCAGCCCCGYGGCGCCGGAGCUGCCCCUGGGCACCGGCAGCGACCAGCCUGGCAGGUCACGGUUCGACGCCGCCGCCGCCGCGUGGUGA